AUGGGAGAGACCGGGAAAGGCAUCGAUGCAGAAGAGAGUCAAGGAGACGAUGUCGUGACUUGCCAGCAUGGCGAGCAGACCGAAGGUGAUGCGGAACAUGAAAGUGACGACGACGACGACGACGAAAUUGGCGACGACGAUGAAAGUGACCUAGACGCCGAAGACGAAAGUAGUGGAGACACCAGUGAGGACGAAGAUCGCUCCGAGUUUGAUCCAGAUUAUGAGUUCGAGUGGCUAGAACCAAUCGAUAUCGAAAUGGAGCCACCUUCAAGAGAGACAUCAAUGCUCGCAUUUAACCUAUUCGACCGGUACGGUCGACUGAGAUCUGAGUUCAAAACCCACCCGGUCAUGAAGGGAACUGGUGUCUGGGGUCAGGAACUGGAUCACGGGGAUAUACUCCUCAUUGAAGAGGUCUUUGUCAACAAAGACUACCGCAGACAAGGACUUGGUCGAAGAAUGAUUGAGUCACUGUUGACACGGGCCCGGGAGAAGACGUGGUCUUUCUUUGCUUUCGUCUGGCCAACCUUCUUGAGAUUGAACGACCUCAGCCGAGAGUGGGACAGCUUACCAGACGAUGCGGAAAGACAUAAAUUGGAAGAACGCGAACAUGACCGGGCUACCACGUUUUAUAGGUCUUUAGGAUUUCGAAGGCUUACCUCAAUAGAGGAUUUCAACCCCCCAAAGCCGCCUUCAACCCCUCUCCAUGCCCUCUUGACCGCAUUACAGCAGAUUGCCAACCCUCCUCCGUCCCGUCUCGACCGAAUAUUGAACCCGGAGCUUCGCGAAUCCCCAGACUUUCUUGACGUGCUUCAGAACUGUAUGCAACAAAAUGGUUCAGCUGAUGCCUGCUGGACGAGUAAGGGCAAGUAUGGCAACACAGUCCUUCAUCUUAUUGCGUCAAUAUUCAACGUUGCGUGCGUGGAAUGGGUUUUGAAGCAAGGCUUCGGAGCUCGGCUUCUUAAAAUGCGCAACAGUCGAGGCGAAGUCCCUCUCGAUUUAGUGCAAUUCAAACUCGAAAAACUCCGCACGCAGAAGGUUGUCAAUCAAUUAACUAUACCUAUCUCCGACCGAUUUAAAGGACAUAAUGAUAUUGCUGCUCAUCUCGGACACUAUAUGAUGAAUAAUGACCUCGAUCAGUGGCUCGGGGCAGACUGGGUUGAAGAUUGGGAGGAUUAUCUCGGUUACUUGCCUUCGAGGGUGCUGACCAACCUCAUAACAAAUAAGUCCAUGCGUCAGGGCUUUGUGAAUCUCUGGCUGCACGUUACGAUCUGUCUGGAGAAGGGGGACGUGCCUCACGCAUCCAAUGUGUUGGACGUUGUUAGAGUUGCUCGGGAGUGGCCAUCUGCUACUAGAAAUUUUCUUCAAAGAGGAGGCACCGUGGAAUCAGUGUUUCUGGCGAUAUAUAGAGAGGCCAUCAAGCAGGAUAAGUGGACGGGAGAUGGGGAGCACCAGGAGAUAUUUAGCGAGGAAAUUGCAAACCUGCCUGAGUGUAGGAAUGACCAUGAGUUUGGAUAUGUUAGUGGUAUGUGCGGUUACAGGCGUAUUUGUCUCAGACCGACAAGGGAUUUAAUGGGCAAACGUCUUGACGAGGACGGAAACAUUAUCGAUUCACUGCAGUAG